CAAGAACUUGACCUGACCAAAAAAAAAAAAAAAGUCUGACCCCCCACCUGCCAAGUCCUUGUCUAUGGGAGAACCGGAAGUCUCUUGUUAUGUUCGAUAGAACUCAGGCGGUGAAGAGAAGAGGAGAUGGGAUCGGCGGGAACCGGAGAAAAUGGGAGGGCAGAUUCACAGAAGGGUGUGAACGAGUACAAGAAAAUGGGUUCCGAGAUCGAGGACGGUGAUUUUGAGGACGAUUUGGUUCAUUACCAGCAGCAGUUGGAGAGGAGGAAAAGUACCAGGAGAUAUGUUUUUGCCUGUGCAGUCUUCGUUUCUCUCAACACCGCCGUCCUAGGUUAUGAUGGAGGUGUCAUGAGUGGAGCAAUUAUAUUCAUUCAGGAAGAUCUCAGAAUAAGUGAUGUUCAGAUAGAAGUCCUCAUUGGUUGUUUGAGCGUAAUUUCACUCUUCGGUAGCAUAGCUGGUGGCCGGACAUCGGAUAUUAUAGGUAGAAAAUGGACGAUGGCAUUAGCUGCUGUUGUCUUCCAAGUGGGCAUGGCUGUUAUGACCUUUGCUGAUUCAUUUCGAGUACUAAUGAUAGGAAGAUUGCUGGCUGGGGUUGGAAUGGGUUUCGGAGGCAUGAUAACUUCACUGUACAUUGCCGAGAUUUCACCAGCCAUCAGUCGGGGCACACUAACCUCUUUUCCAGAGAUCUUCGUGAAUUUAGGAAUCCUACUCGGUUAUAUAUCAAACUAUGUAUUUGCAGGCCUUUCGGUGCACAUAAACUGGAGGGUCAUGCUUGGAGUUGGAAUUUUACCAUCAGUCAUCAUCGGUUUUGCACUCUUUGUUAUCCCUGAAUCACCAAGAUGGUUGGUCAUGCAGAACCGAGUUGAUGAAGCAAGAUUGGUUCUUUUAAAGACACAUGAAGAUGAGAAAGAGGCUGAAGAAAGGCUCGCAGAAAUUCAAUUGGCUGCUGGAGCCAGUAAUAAUGCGAAAUAUGGAGAGAAAGCUGUGUGGCGUGAACUGCUGUGCCCUUCUCCUCUUCUACGACGGAUGCUAAUCACAGGUGUUGGAAUCCAGUGCUUCCAGCAGAUAACGGGCAUAGAUGCUAUUGUGUAUUACAGCCCAGAGAUUUUUAAAGAUGCUGGAAUGAAAGGUAAUUCAAGUCUUCUUGCAGCGACUGUUGCUGUGGGCGUUACCAAGACUGCUUUUGUACUGGUCGCAAUAUUUCUGAUUGACAAGCUUGGGAGGAAGCCGUUGCUUUAUAUUUGCACAAUAGGCAUGACUGUUUGCUUGUUCAGUGUCGGUGUCUCUCUCUCUUUGCUAAAGGAAGGAGCGGCUGGGGUAGUGCCUUUGCUGGCGAUUCUUUCUGUUUGCAGUAGUGUAGCUUUCUUUUCUGUUGGAAUCGGCCCUAUUUCUUGGGUAUUGUCCUCAGAAAUAUUCCCUUUGAGGUAUCGUGCUCAAGCAUCAGCGCUCGGGGCGGCUGGCAAUAGGGUGUGCAGUGGGCUCAUCUCCAUGUCCUUCCUCUCUGUUUCUCGAGCAAUCACAGUGGCAGGAACCUUCUUUUUAUUUGCUGCAAUGUCAGCUGCUUCUGUUGCAUUUGUUUACGCGCUUGUCCCAGAAACAAAAGGGAGAUCAUUGGAGCAGAUCGAGUCACUGUUUCAGAACCCACAUGAUUGGAAAGGAAGCCACCUCGAGAUGGAAGAUGUUGAGCAUCUUGUGCAGAAAUAGUCACUUAAGUACCAGCAUCUUCGGUAGACAAGCAAAUGACUAAAAUUUCUUUACAAGAAGCUGGUUACGGCAGAAAAAACCAUAUUUCGUCACGAUUUGUUGUCUUACAUUGUGGAUAUGCAUGCAUUGUAAAAUGUCAGGUUCAUUAUCCAGUAGAGAAAAUCUGAAGUUGUCAUUCUCCCAAGCAAGAGAAAACAGGACCUAUCAAAUUAGUGUUUGGCAGAAUUUA